AUGUCGCUCACGAUGUUCACGCGCAACGCCCGCUUUUGCGCCAUCCUGACUGGUCACGGAAAAGUUAAAAACGAAACUGCUCUCUCUCUCUCUCAAACUCUCGCUCUUCUCUCUCUCUCAAACCGACCAAACCAAUUCAUUUCUCUCUCUCUCUCUCUCAACUUUCUCUCUCUCUCUCUCUCUCUCUCAAACUCUCUCUCAACUUUCUCUCUCUCUCUCAACUCUCUCUCUCUUCAACUCUCUCUCUCUUCAAACUCUCUCUUCAACUCUCUCUCAAACUCUCUCACUCCAAACUCUUUCUCUCUCUCAAACUCUCAAGAACUCUCUUCAUGCUUUUUAUGUCAGAUUGUCAGAUUGUCAGAUGCAUUCUUCAUUCAUGGAAUUGUCAACAAAAACAAGAUUUUCAUCUCUCUCUCUCUCUCUCUCUCUCUCUCUCUCUCUCUCUCUCUCUCUCUCUCUCUCUCUCUCUCUCUCUCUCUCUCUCUCUCUCUCAGGAUGGGAGGCUGCUGCAAAGACACGACGGGCUGUGGGCCGUUGUUGGCGGGGGUGGUGCUGGUGCUGGUGGCCAUGAUGUCAGUGGCCCAGGGCCAUGCGAAUCUGCACGCCGGUUCCCGCCCAAACGGCGUUCGUCCGGAAUUUUUGCCGACCAACCGUGGCUUUGACAGCUACUAUGGCGUACCGUACAGCGUGGACAUGGGCGACAGCGCCUGGGAGCAGAACAAUCAACCAGAUCUACCCGUGCUCAACAACACUCAAGUUGUGGAACAACCUGCCAAUCUCAACACACUCAGCCAGCGCUACGGUGAUCACGUCGAAAGCUUCAUCAAAACUCAAGGCACCGACGAGAAGCCUUGGUUUUUCUACAUGUCCUUUAAUCACGUGCAUGUGCCAGACUAUGUCAGCUUGAACCUCUGCAACACUAGCAAACGUGGGCGAUUUGGUGACGCUUUGCAAGAGCUGGAUGCUCUUGCUGGUCGCAUCCUGCAGGCCCUUGAUGAUUCUCAACAACGUGAAAACACCAUCAUUUUCUUCACCUCGGACAAUGGCCCCUGGCUUAUCAAGCUUCUUGCCGUGUGUACAUGCCAGCCCUGCGACAAUACUUUGACAGCUACAACCCAUGGAGGUUCUGCUGGCCUGCUCAACGACGGCAAGGAAACAACAUGGGAGGGUGGUGUGCGCGUGCCUGGCUUUGUAUCAUGGAAAGGCAAGAUCAGUCCCGGUCAAGUCAGCUCGGAAGUUGUCACGACAUACGACAUCUUUCCGACUGCCCUGGCCUUGGCCGGAGCUGCACUUCCCAAAGACCGGGUGAUUGACGGGCGUGACAUGGCACCUGUUCUGUUCAAUCAGAGCGCCUCCCAGCACGACUGUAUUUUCAUUUACAAGGGCACCCCUGGCCUGUGGGCCGUGCGCUGUGGGCCUUACAAAGCUCACUAUGUUACCUCUCAUUGGUACACCAACGCUAACAACGGUACCUUUCACGACCCUCCCCUCAUGUUCCACGUGGAGAAUGAUCCUUCGGAAGCUCAACCGAUGGAUACAUCAACACAAGAGUACAAAACAGCUUUGGCUGCCAUUACCAGUGCCAAAUUGGCCCAUGAAAACUCUCUUGAAACAGUCCCUAAUCAAAUCGGCAUGGGUUCACGCCCAGAGUUCGCCAUUUGCGGUUGCCCGUCAUCUCAAAAGCAAUAUCCUCAAUAUCCCAACUGCACCUGCAACCCAGAUAACUUUGAUGUUGAAGUGUCAAAGUCGAGAAGACGGCGCCAGUUUGGACAUUUUGUGGUCAUUUUGAUCUCAAGUGGGGCACGCCAGUGGGGCAUGGCCCGUUACCCGACCUGUCAUAAUUCAGCUUUGUUUUGUUAA